AUGAUUAUAGAUCAAUUGAAUAAGAAUAAAUACACCACAAUGUCAGAAAGUAAACCAAAAGUCUUGAUUGUUGGAUUAGGAGGUGUCGGUAUAAUGGCUGCUUAUGCCCUUGAAUAUGGUUCCAAGGCUGAAGUCACAGCAGUUAUUAGAUCAGAUUAUGAUCGUGUAAUUGAAAAAGGCUAUGAAUUAAAGAGUGUUGAUUAUGGUCAUAUCCCAAAUUAUAAACCAUCAAAUGUUGUUAAAACUGUUCAAGAUGCUUUGAAAUUUGGUCCUUUUGAUUAUAUUUUAGUUAUAACUAAAAAUAUACCAGAUAUUUCAAAUGUUGAAGAUAUUUAUGCUGAUGCAGUUACUCCAAAACAUACAACUAUUAUCUUAAUACAAAAUGGGAUUGGUAUUGAAAAACCAGUUUUUGAAAGAUUCCCAGGUAAUGUUGUUCUAAGUGGAGUCUCAAUGAUUAGUUCAAGUAAUUUCAGCGGUGUUGUUGAUCAUGUUUCUACAGAUAUAUUAAAUGUUGGAUAUUUUGAUAAUGGUGUUACUUCCAAGGAGGAACAAGAAUCCAAGACAAGGGAAUUUAUUGAAAUUUAUUCAAAUGGUAAAAAUACUGUUCAUUAUGAUGAAGAUGUUAAAUAUGUUAGAUGGAGAAAACUAAUUUAUAAUGCUACAUUGAAUACUAUUUGUUCAAUUGUUAAUUUAGAUACUGGUAGAAUGGAUUAUGCAAAUGGUAUGGAAUCAAUUAUAAGACCUGCAAUGAAGGAAGUUAUCAAAGUUGCUAAAUCAGAUGGUGUUGAAUUGGAUGAAAAAUUCAUUGAUUUUAUGAUUGAAUCAGAUAUUGAUAUUUAUUAUGCACCAUCAAUGCUUGUUGAUGUUAGAAAGGGGAAUCAAAUUGAAAGUGAAGUUAUCUUGGGUAAUGUAGUGAGGAUUGCAAAAGAAAAUAAAGUUGAUAUUCCAAUCUUAUCAACUGUUUAUGAAUUAAUUAAAUUAGUUCAAUUUAGAUUAAAAGAAGCUAAUGGAUAUAUUAAAUUACCAGAAGUUAAACCAAAAAGAGGUGAAUAA